AUGUCAGAGGAGUUGAAAUACUCGAAUUUCAAAUUUGUGUACUCCAGACCGGCGUGUAAUAACGUUCCGGAGUGUUCAGUGUAUGAGUGUGAUUCCUUUGAAGAAGAGAAAAGAACAUGGAAUAUAGUUAAGAAGUACCACAUCACUCAACCGGAAGACUUAGACUUUGUUGUGUCAGAGUUGCAAGUCUUAUUAAGUUUUCAACAUGAAAAUGUACUUGAACUGAAAUCAUAUUUCCCCGUCCCUUCUUUAAACGAAAUGUGGUACGUCUUUAAGGGGAGUAAUGCACAGUUCUCGAGAUAUGGCACUUUAAAAAUCGAUCAAAGUAAUACCGAUUUGAACAACGCCUUCAUCUUCGAUAUCGUUUCCGCACUUCAAUAUGUCGUGAAGAGUAAACACCAGUUAAGGACAAGAGUCUCCCAAGUCCAAUUCUUCAAAUUCCACAACAUAUCUUCCCCAUUCCCAACUCUCAAAUUUUUAUUUGAAAUGGAAUUCAGUACUAACGAGAAAGAUGCUAACUUCAAUUACACAGCACCAGAGGCUUUAUUUGGAAAAACUACUGAUUUGAGUUAUUUGUGGGGGGUCGGGGUGAUAUUUUCUAUAGUAC